AUGGCGGACUUCAAGCUGUCGGCGCAACUCGCUGGCCACAAUGCCGAUGUUCGAGAUCUCGUCUUCCCGUCGGACGACCUUCUCUUCUCAGCUUCGAGAGAUCACACCGUUCGAGCAUGGCGCCGCACGUCGUCAUCUCCGCCCGAGUUCGAGUUUACUAUACUUAACCAGAUCCAUGAUUACAUUAACGCCCUGGCCUAUAUCCCUCGGUCUGCCGAUUAUCCCGAGGGUCUCGUCGUGUCGGGAGGCAAGGACCCAUGUCUUGACGUUCGCAAGACCACGGCCGUAUCCGGAGACAACGCCGAACGUCUGCUGCCGGGCCAUGCCAACAACGUGUGCGCCUUAGCCGUUACCCCAAGUGGCAAGUACUUUGUCUCUGGCAGUUGGGACCACACUGCAAGAGUAUGGAGUUCCGAGAAGUGGGACACCGACAUAUCCCUGAUCGGCCACGAGGGCGCCGUCUGGGAUGUACUACCGCUGAGUGACGCCGUGGUUGUGACAGGAUGUGCCGACAAGAACAUCCGCAUAUUCGAUCUGAGAAAGCAGUCCGCCGGCCAGGCUGAAGCCAGAUCCACUAUUUACACACCCGACGUAGUACGCGGCCUCUGCCGAGUGCCCGCCGGCCAUCCUGCCGGUGCCGAGAUUGCCAGUUCACACAACGACGGAGUCAUUCGCCUCUGGAAGUUGACGGGCCAGCAAGUCGCCGAACUUCGGGGCCACGAGAGCUUUGUCUACCGUCUGGCCGCUCUACCGUCCGGUGAGCUUGUCAGUGCCGCCGAAGACCGGACCGUCCGAGUCUGGAGAGGAACAGAGUGCGUACAGACCAUUACGCACCCGGCCAUCUCCGUCUGGACCGUUGUGGCAUGUCCGAACGGGGACAUCGCUUCAGGUACAAGUGAUGGUAUCGUCCGCAUCUUCAGUCGUGCAGCCGAGCGUGUUGCAAGUGCCGACGUAAUCCAAAACUUCGAUGAAGCUGUCAAGUCGUCUUCGAUACCGCAGCAACAGCUUGGUGAUAUCAACAAGGAGAAGCUGCCGGGGCCUGAAUUUCUGACAACAAAGGCAGGGACCAAAGAGGGCCAGGUGCAGAUGAUUAGGGAGGAUAAUGGCUCAAUAUCCGCCCAUACUUGGUCUUCGGCCGCACAAUCCUGGAUUAACGUGGGCACAGUUGUCGAUUCCGCCGCCAGCAGUGGCCGCAAAGUCGAGCACAACGGCAAGCAAUGGGACUUCGUCUUCGACGUCGCUAUCGAGGAAGGUCAGCCGUCCCUGAAGUUACCGUACAACCUCUCCGAUAAUCCGUAUGACACAGCGACUAAGUUCAUCAACGACAACGAGCUUUCACUCAACUACCUUGACCAAGUCGCCCAGUUCAUUGUACAGAACACGCAAGGGGCAAGCCUGGGACCAUCUGGAACCGGUGGUGCAGAUCCAUACGGUACUGAAUCUAGGUACCGGCCGGGCGAGGAGCAGGAGAGCUCGAGAACGAGCGCGCUGCCGCAGAAGGAAUGCCUCAGAAUAACGGCGGCCAAGUUCGAUCCCAUGUUCAAGAAGAUCUUCACCGUCAACGAUGCCCUCGUAGCGGCUGGUCGCAAAGAUAUUUCCUUGAACCCUUCAGCCAAGGCUUCCCUCUCUUCCCUUCGCCAGGCCGUUGAAUCCAACAGCCCCAUGACUCCCGAGCACGGGGACGGAAUCUCUCUCGUAGCUAUGAUGUGCCUAAAUUGGGACUACAAAGACCGCCUGGCACCUCUGGAUCUUUGGCGGUGCUGUGCCACCAGCCCACUCCUCGCCAGAUACACCGCCGCAAAUGGGCCGGUCUCGAUUGCCAUUUCGUCUGCGCUGAACGACUCCGACGGGCAACUGAACGAGAAUCUCGUCAUGAUGGCUCUGAGGGCAAUCGUGAACCUUUUCGGGUCUCAGCAGGGCUGGACGGUUGUUACCAAUCAGAUGGAGGCUGUCGUUACAUUCCUCGAGCGUACCCUGGGCCUUGAUGGCUCAAAUAACCAGGCUAUUGGACCGUAUAACCGGAACUUACUGAUCGCCCUGACGACAGUCGCCAUCAACUACAGCGUUCUAGCGAUCAAGAAGAAGGCCCAUCUUCCCGAAGAUGCUCAAAUCCGCUUAGUCAAGGCAAUAGCGCACGUGCUAGAUAACCAAACUGACAGCGAAGUGGUUUUCCGCGCCCUUGUUGCGGCAGGCACCUUCGUCGUUGCAAAUCCGGCAGUCAAGGACCAGGUUCAGGGGCUGGAGAUGGCCUUGAAGAAGGCCAAGGACAGGGGCACGGAGGUGAGAGUCAAAGAGGUGGCUGAUGAGUGCCUGUGUGCUCUGUAG